GCGGGCCUUCUGACUUUGUGAUUGUGGUAACUAGUUAUGAUGACCCUUAAGUAGUUGUUAGCUUAGCCAGUUAGCUACUUCAGUUAGCUACACCUGUGUUGGAAAGUGGGAUGUUUUUCUGAUGUUGGUUGACAUGAGAUGACACCUCUUUGGUUUGUCUAUAGACUGUCAACUGCUAUGGUGUUUUCUAGCUACAAGAACAGAGACCUGAAUUGACUGAAGGUGUGUAUUGUUCGCCUCCUGCCUGGAUGUUAGAGCUGUGAUGGUGGUGUCCCCUGCCUUCAUUGUGACUCCUGUCCACCACCUCCGUCUCCCUGCCCAGUGUGUGUGCCACCAUUUCACCAUGACCCUGCAUCUUCUCCUGGUCCUGGGGCUCUUUUUGCUGCCUUGUCUGUCAUCCCAUGUUAUCAGCGAGUACUGCGUUAUAGCCAGACAUAAAAUGACAAAUCAAACCCAAUGCUUGGAAGCAUGCUUCCUGUAUACGACCUGUGAUCGUUUUGUCUUUUGGAAAGAGAACUGCACCUGCUUUUUCUUGAAGUGUCCCAAUGGCACCAACUGCAAUAAUAUCGCCGUCGAUGACCUGAUAAGGAUACAAGAUAAAAACAUCAGUGGUCUUAAGUGUGAAGCUGGACCUACCACUGGGUCUUCAAGUUCCAUAACUUCAUCAGAAAUCUAUCAAAACCUCACUGCUCCUGAAUUGACAGCCAGCAAUAAUGCCAAUCAAAUUACAGACACCUCUGCCCUCAAUGAGACUGACUCUACCUUGCAUUUUUGUGAGGAUAAUGGGCAGGCCCCCAUCUCCACUGCAUUUACUACCAUGACUGCAGCACCCAUGCCAGCCGCUAAGAAUGGCACCUUCAUUCCCAGUAAGACUGUUAGCAAUGCCUCCAGAGGAACUACAGUACCUGACAUACCCCUUAAGUCAACAGUCCAAACCUCAGAGACAACCACUUCAGUAAAGCAGGAAACUAGAACUACAACGACUCCCUCAGCCCUGACCUCUCCACCAGCCAAUCCACAGAUGACGACAACAGCAUUAUCAACAACAAAUACCACUACUAUCACCACUGUAGUACCAAUAACAGCAAUGCUGUUAACUACCAACACCACAACACAACCAACUACCACCAACACCACAACACAACCAACUACCACCAACACCACAACACAACACUCAUCUACAGUUGAGGAGAAGAAUCCAUCACCAACCAGUCCGGAGUUUCCCAGCUCUCAAGCUACCUCCAGAAACGCCAUAGUCCCUUCGACCUUCACUGUUGAGGUCAGCACAAAAAGGCUUGACGGAGAUACCAACAGAGCCAUUAUAGACGUUGUUGCCGGGGGGCCUCUGACACACCAGUUGGUGGACACAAGUACCCUAUUGGCUGUCCUGUUGUUUGGCCUCGUCUUCUUCCUGGUUACGGUUGUCCUCUUCCUCACACAGGCCUAUGAGAGCUACAGGACAAAAGACUACACCCAGGUGGACUAUCUCAUCAAUGGAAUGUAUUCUGAUUCAGGGGUUUGA